AUGUGGCAUGAUGAAGUGUUGGUGACGAAUGGAGAUUCGAUAUGGGGUCGUAUGACAGCUCUGGUCACUUCGUUGGUCGGGCACAGGUGCACACCGCGUGAAAGAGCUGAUGCUUAUGAGCAGUUACUGCUCUCAUCAAUUAGAGAUGAUGAUAAGCAAUUAGCAGUAAGUGUUUAUCAAGUUUCACUUCAUUUCGAGAAUUCGAGUGAAUACGUGAAGAAUUCUUUCGAGCUCAGAAAAAAUAAAAAAGACUCGAGGAACCGGAAAGAAUGA